GCGGGGAACAACGGGGGACGACGGGGGACGGCGGCAAGAGGGGGCGAGUGGUGGCAGCGGAGGAACAGCGGGCGAUGGGGAACUGCGGGGGACGGCGGAGAGCGGCGGGGACGCCGGCAGAUGACGGGGGAUGCCAGGGGACAAUGGGGGACCGCAUCGAGCAGUGGGGAACGACGGGGGACGGCGGCAAGUGGGGGCGAGCGGUGGCAGCGGGGAAAUGGUGGUGAGCGGCGGUGGACGGCGGGGAGCGGCGGGGGACGGCCACGAGCGACGGGGGACGACGGAGAGCAGCGGGGAAUGACAGGGAACGACAGGGAAUGGCAGCGAGCGACGGGGAAUGGCAGGGAACGGCGGGGGACGGCGGCGAGCGGCGGGGGACGGCGUCGAGUGGCAGGAAGCGGCGGGGGACAGCAGGGAACAGCGGCGAGUGGAGGGGAACGAUGGGGAACAGCAGGGAACGACGGCAGGGGACAAGGGAGACGGCGGAGGACAGCAGUGGGGGACGGCGGCGAGCAGCAGGGAACGGCGGGGGACGGCGGGGAAUGACGGCAAGCAGCGGGGAACGGCAGCGGGGAACGACGGGGAACGACGGCGGGGGACGGCAGCAAGCGGCGGGGGACGACGGAGAGCGAUGGGGAAUGAUGGGGAACGACGGGGAACGUCGGGAACGAUGGGGGACAGCGGGGGACGGUGUCGAGCGGCGAGGGACGGUGUCGAGCAGCGGGGGACGACGGGGGACGGCGGCAAGUGGGGGCGAGCGGCGGCACCGGGGAAAUGGCGGGGAACGACGCGGGACGGCGUUGAGUGGCGGCGAGCGGCAGCAGCCAGGAAACAGCGGGGAACGACAGCAGCGUGGAAACGACGCGAAACGACGGCCCCUUAGCACAGCCUCUUAGCAUUAAAAAAAAUUAUAAAACCAAUAAACGUAUGUUAUUCUGCCAUCACAUGUUUACGCCUUUCCUUUUGAACUUCUCAGAAUUAUUCGAGAUGUUGUUUACAAUUCAUUGUGUCUUAGCUCAAAAAGAAACCCAUACGUAUUUCUAUAGGACUUUAGCUUGUAUCUUGUAAUGCUAUGAUGUGAUGGAAAGUCCAGUGAUAAUAGCAGGGUGGCAGCCACCAGGUGCUCAAUC